AUGUUUGGAUCGCUGGCCGAAAAGCUGUUUGGCCAAUCUCAGUACGCUAGAUAUGCAUUCACGGUAUCGUUGUGUCAAGCAAUUAUAGCGACAGUACUGGAGAGCUUUGUUUUUGUAACACAUACAAGGGCUGUGAAUCGAAUAUUUGAAAUUGAAAAAGAAGUAAGCGAUGAUCACGGUACACAUAAGGACUUUGCAGACAUAUACGCCCAAGCAAAGAGCAUGUCAAUAUAUCAUAUUCUAUUUAUCGUCAGUCAAUUCUUCCAGCUAGGGUUAUGUUAUGAUGCGCUUUAUCAUCAAAAUACAAUUCAACUUGUCGCGCUAAGCAUAUUCAUAUUUGCUGGCUUUUCUUUCUCCGCAAUCCAAGUGUACCAAUCGACUUCCUUAAUUUCUACCAAUGGAACUCCGCAUGCUAUCCAAGCGAUUUUGAUACGACCAGGUUACCUUCCCAAAGAUGCUGUCCCUUUUGAAGUUGCCAUUAUUGUAGUGAUGUUUAUUUCUUCGAUAAGCUUCGUUUACUUGUCUUAUAAAUUGUAUCAAGAAUUUGGUUGGUCAAUAUAUAAAAAGAUUGGAGCUGACAUGGAAAUGAGAGCUUUGGUUGUUAUCCUGGAGGCAUUAAGUGACCUUUAUCUUCACAUAGUACUGUCAGUGUUAACAUCGAUAGGAAUGCUAAUAGUGGGGUUUUUGGGGGUCAAAUCAGAGAAAAAGGUCUACAUGUAUCUGUUCAUGGUAGGAAUUUGUGCGGCAGAAGGUUAUAUUAUAGCAAAGAUAGUGAAUGUGACGGAGAAUCCAAAUAAUAAAUAUCGUGGCACAAAAAAUUUUGUCACAUUUUUUCUUUGUGUCUGCUUGGUCCUUGGCGUGAUAACCUUUAUUAUAUCAUUCCUUUGCUUAAGGAACUUUGACAAAGGAUUGAAAUUUCAUCUCUCACGUAGCACGAGCCUUACAUCAAAAACAAAUGGACCAAACUUGGAUGAAAAUGAUGUUGAAUAUAGCCUUGAAACUGUAAAUCGAACCACACAAAGGUGGUCCAUUGAUUAA